AGUACACGAAAUUGUAGGUUUACAGUUAUGCUCUUUACUUUUACAAAAUAUAACGAAUGAUUCUGUUCAAGUAUGUACAUACUUUUUAGCAGAGGUUGGAGAAUUAUAUACUAAUAUUUGUAGAAAGGGGUUAGAUAUUAUUUUUGAUAGACUUAAAGAUAUUAUUCAAGAGGGACAAAUUAAUAUAAAAACUCAAUAUGAUAUUGAAAAAUUAUGGAAUUAUAGAAAAAAUAAUUUUAAAGAUUUCCCAUCGGUUCAUGAUGAUUUAAAUUUAAUUGAUGAAGAGGAUAAAAUAGUACAUGAGAUUGAUAUAUUGGAUGAGAGUUUUAAUAGUCAGGAAGAAUUAAAUAUAUUUAGAGAAGUUCCUUAUGAACAAUAUGAAGAGGAGGAAAAUGAAUGGAAAAAUAUAUCGGAAGAAUUGUUAUUUGGAGACGAUUCAGCAGAUGAGAAAAAAAACAAAAAAACAAAAAAACAAAAAAAAAAAGAAAAAAAUGAAAGCGAAAGUGAAAACGAAAGUGAAAGUGAAAGUGAAAAAUUAGGUGAUGAUGAUUUAGACGAAAAAGACGACGAAAAUAAUAAUAGCAGUGAAGAUAGUGAAGCCGAAAAAAGUGAUAGUAAUGAUGAGGAUGAGGGUGAGGAUGAAAAUAAUGAUAGCGAUAAUAAUGAAGAAAUACAUGAUAUGACUGAACAAUAUUUAAUAAAUUUAAGAAAAAAUGUAUAUUUAUCAAUAAUGUCAUCAUUAAGUUAUGAAGAAUGUGUUCAUAAAUUAUUAAAAUUAAAUAUUAAAAAAGGGUAUGAAAUAGAAAUAUGUAAUAUGUUAAUAGAUUGCUGUUGUAUGGAAAAAACAUUUCAAAAAUUUUAUGCCUUACAGGCAGAAAGAUUAUGUAAAUUAAAAAAAAUUUAUCAAGAAAAUUUCGAAAAGUGUUUUGAUAACUCAUUUAAUACAGCUCAUAGAUUAGAAACAGCUAAAUUAAGAAACUGCUCAAAAUUUUUUGCACAUUUAUUAUAUACGGAUGCAAUAUCUUGGAGUAUUUUUAAAAUUAUUAAAUUAACAGAAGAAGACACAACAUCAUCAACAAGAAUAUUUAUUAAAAUCUUAUUACAAGAAUUAACAAAUAAUUUAGGACUACAAACAUUUUAUCAUAAAAUAAAUCACCCAGCUAUAUCGCCAUUUUUAAUAGGAUUAUUUCCUACAAACAAUGCACAAAAUAUAAGAUUCUGUAUUAACUUCUUUACAGCCAUAGGUUUAGGGGCCUUAACAUCAUCAUUGAGGAAGUUAUUGUUAACCUAA